GAGAGGAGCAGAAGGCUGACUUCAUAACAACUUAGAGCUGAGUAUUAUUGUGAUUAUUAUUAUUUAGAUUUACAGUUUUAGAGAUUCAGAAUCUCAGUUUCUAGGAUUGAUAAUCGGUUGGUUUUUGAAUGUCCUUUCUUUUGUUUUUCUCUCCCUUUUGAUAGAGCUGGCAACAAUUUUUGAGAAAGUGUUUUGCACUGUUUGACCAGCAUUUUAGGUGCUAUUUUUGGUUGGUUUCUCAAUGUGAUUUUUCCAUAAUCAGAAGCCAUGAGUUCCUUAGUAAUAAAUGCAGUGAAAGAUGGCAGUAGCGCAGGCUUUGACCUAAUGCAAAACCGCAUCGAGUCUCUGAGCAGCAAGAUGGACACACUCAUUAACAUUCAAGAAAAGGUCCUCGUUCGACUAGAUGGGAUGUCUCAUGAGAUCGGUGGCAUUGAACAGGAUAUGGAGACUUUGAAAGUGGACAAGGAAGAGAUCCAUAUUUCGCCCAGAAUGAACCAGACCCAUUUGAUGGGGCAAGAGGUGAAAGAUAUCUGCCAGGAGAUGAGCACCAUAAUGUGCGCUGUGAACCAGCGGUCCGAGCAGCAGGCUCAGAAGCUGGAGGGGAUGGAAAAACUGGUCCUCAGCAUGCAGCAGGUGAUCAGCUUCAUUGGGGAGAUGGUCAAGAAUUCCAAGGUUAUGGAGAUGAUGUUCAAAGGCCCAGCAACUCGCAAGGCCUCCAAACUCAAGGACAGUAAAGGGAAGCAAGCUAUUAAGAGGAAAUCAUCUUCAGAUACAAUAGCAAAGAAGACUGUCAAGAAAAAUACUUCUAACAAAGCCAAUAAAAGGAAACAAGACAUAACCGCUGCAUGUGAGCCCAAUUGUCUGAAGCCUUCUCACAAGAAAAAGCUCCGUGGACCAAAACAUUACCUCGCCUCACGUAAAUGUGGAAAUGUUUUCAAAGACCACAAAGGAAAGGAUGGGGCAGACAAACCCUCUUUGAGUCAAAGGGAUCUGAAAGCUCAGAAGAAGACGAAGCCUCCAGAUGCAACAGGUAUCUUCCAGAAGAAGCCAAGUUUGCUUCUUGAAGAGGUGCAGAUACUAAACAAAGAGAAUGUAGAGAAGUCAGGCCCUCAGACCGAAGUGUCCCCUGAAGAUCAGCAACUUCUCUUCCCUGUUUCUAGCGAGGUUGACUGCCUGCGGCAAGACUCCAAAGAGGCUUUGGUGGAGGAAGAUAGGCCCGUAGAGGUAGUUUCUAAAGAAGAGGUCAGAGAAAAGGAACCUGAGGAAAAAGCUGAGGAAACAGAGAAUGAGACCAAGCCUGAUGUGGAGGAUUUAGUGCAAAAUAAGGAAGAAGAGCUUAAAGUUCCAGAGGAAGCAUUGGAAGAAAAAGCCUCUGUGGUUGAAGGGGUUGCUGAAGUCCCAGAGGUGCCUGGUCCUCAUGAGGAAGAAAAACAAGCAGAUGUUAUUAAGGAUGCACCAAUCAGCCAUGAUGAUCAUAUUGACUCCACACCACGUGAGGAAACUGAACAGGAGCAGAUUGUUAUGACCCAGGACCACCAUGUAGUGGAAGAACACACAAAGAGCCAAGUUGUGGUGGAGGAGGAGAAACAUGAGGAGCAGAAGAAAGAUGAAAACAAGGAGGAUGAACAGAAUCUCGAGUCUGAGGGCUGGGCCAUUUUCAAGGCAGAUGGAAUUGAAUUCCAACUGAACCUUCAAGAAAGGGUGGAGAGGGGAAGGAAGGAAAAAGACGCAGAAGAUGAUGAAGAAAAAAGGGAUGAUGAUGAUGAUGAUGUUGAGCGGUUCUUAAUAGACACCACACCUCCUCCGGCAGCUCCUUUUAAUCACCGAAUUGUGUCGGCGAAGCCCAACCAGAUUAAGAACUUCUACACCAUCAACUGGCAGGAAGUUCUGGGCGGCGGUCGGUUUGGCCAGGUCCACAAAUGUGUGGAGAACUCCUCUGGUCUCACUUUGGCAGCAAAGGUCAUAAAAGCCAGGAGUCAGAAAGAAAAGGAGGUGGUGAAGAACGAGAUCCAGGUCAUGAAUAAUCUGGACCAUGCCAACCUGAUCCAGCUCUAUGCAGCUUAUGAAUCAAGAAAUGACAUCAUCCUUGUACUUGAAUACGUUGGUGGAGGGGAGCUGUUCGACAGGAUUAUUGAUGAAAACUACACUUUAAUGGAGCUGGAUGCUGUGGUGUUUAUUAGGCAGAUCUGUGACGGGGUGCAACACAUGCACAAAAUGUCCGUUCUGCAUCUGGACUUAAAGCCAGAAAACAUUCUGUGCGUAAACAGAGCCACUAGUAAGAUUAAAAUAAUCGACUUUGGUCUUGCCAGAAUAUACAAACCAAGAGAGAAGCUACGAGUGAAUUUCGGAACGCCGGAGUUUCUUGCCCCGGAGGUCAUCAAUUACGACUUUGUGUCGUUCAACACGGACAUGUGGAGCCUUGGAGUCAUCACGUACAUGCUUCUGAGCGGUCUUUGUCCCUUCCUUGGCGACAAUGACAGUGAGACUCUGAACAACAUCUUGUCCUGUAAGUGGAACUUUGAUGAACCAGAGUUUAUUGAUACAUCACAAGAAGCCCAAGACUUCAUCACCAGACUCCUCAUCACAAAUAAAGGCUGGAGGAUGGGGGCAUCUGAGUCAUUGAGACAUCCAUGGCUUUCUGACUCUGCCCUUCAUCAUCGUCUUCAUACAAAGAAAACUAUGUGCCGAUCACGUCGAUCCUCAUGUGUGCCUCCCACAGAUAGCUAAUAGCUCCACGCUGGUUGGACGGCCCCAGCUGUGACCACUUGGACCAACCCAUCUGCCCUGUAAAUCACCUAAAUUCCAGUCUGUGCAGUAGAGACACGGAUAGAAAAUCCUGGCUACCCCACAACCCUCGUCCUGACAUGUGAUCCAUUAAUGUAAUUAAUAUACCACAGCAAAAUAGACGUGGUUUAUAAUGAUGCAGUAACCUUUAAUCUAAAUUUGCAUUACCAUGUACUUUUAAGAGAGUAAAACCUAGAAAAUCCAAGAAUGAGCGAAGUAAGACCAUCGUCAUGGAGUUAACAAUGUUCAGUGUUGUUGAAACAGUAUUAAGGCUAUGAAAUCUGUAGUACCAUUGUUCUACAGCGGUUUUAUAUCAUGUGUUACCAGGUAGUUCAAAAGGGUGCUAUGAGAAUUAAGUUUAAGUAGACACAUAUGAUCAUAUACUUGAGAUUUAAAACUGAUUGUGUUUUCCACCUUUGCUUUGGAGUUGACAGUACACAUUUAACUCUGUUAUUCAUUUUCACAUUUUCACUUUACUCACCUUUAUUUAGGUUUUACCAAAUACACUGUUCUUGUUUUGUGCCAGUAAGGUAAUGAAUCCUUGCUACUGCUUUUGUAUAAAGGUAACGUAAAUACACACACUGCACAAAUGUAAUAAUCUGCCUGGCAUUUCUCCGCUCUUAGAUAUAAAUAUUCUAUUUGAGCUGUACAUAGGCGAUAUGUUGAACCUUUUACUAAAAUUAGGAUGAACUGCACAAAAUACUGGAUGUUAAUUGUGUGUAUGGACAGAAAGGAAUUUUCCGUGACUGGCGUCAGAAGAAGUAAAAUGUGCACUUUACAAUGUUAUAUAUUUAAACAAUAAUAAUACACAGCCUACUGUGGUAGACAGACUUGUAUGGUUGAUUCUCUUCAUGCCUCCUGCAUCUGUUUAUAUGUUUUACUUUAAAAAGAAAGAAAAAAAAAGCUUCAGGAACACAAUCACAAUACUAUAUAUGUCUUAUCAAUAAUGUUCUAUUGAAAGUGUUCUAGCAUGACUCUAGUUUUACGUUUGAUCAGCCCCUAAGGUUAACCUGAAUCAUAUAGAUAUGCUUUUUUUUUUAAUUCAAUUUAAUUUUUUUUUUUUUAAUCUUACUGUGCUGUAUUAUUCUGCUUUCAUAUAACUUGGCUGCAAAUUCCUGACACUGUAGAUCCUUUUUCCUAUGACAUGCCUUCUGUGAAGGUUCACCAACUGAAACAAUACACUACCUACGUACUGUUACCUACUGUAGCUGCUGGAGCUGACUUUCUGCUUGUAAUUUACCUUCAGGAUGAAUGUUAUGACAGUUUUUUAGAACACUGAGUGCUAGUAAACAGAAGCUGAGCUUACUGAGUGUAAACUAAGUCAGCAUGCAUUUGUGAAGUGUGCACACGUCUAUUAAACAGCAAUUUUAAAGGAUUGUUUAUUUUUUCUGCUUUUCUGUGUUUUGAAGAACGUUCCUUUAAAAGGAAAA